UCAAUACCACCACAAUGGCAUUGUCCACUUGUACCACCAUAGCUCCCAUUGUUGCCUAUCUAGUCCUCCUCCUCACCCCAAUCUCUUAUUCUUCACCACUCGUCAUUAGAAAUGUUGUUGAUGAUGAACGCAUCUCCAGCUCCAUCUCAGAAAAGGAUAUUGAUCUUCUUGAAUUUCCCCUAAAUUUAGAGUAUCUUGGGGCUGAGUUUUUCCUUCAUGCCUCAACGGGUCAUGGCUUGGAGAGAUAUGCUCCCAAUUUAGCCUCAGGAGGUCCACGACCCCUGGGUGCUAAGAAGGCUAAGCUUGACCCUUUAAUCAGAGAUGUUAUCGAGCAAUUUGCAUGGCAAGAUGUGGGACAUUUGAGGGCAAUUAAGCAGACGGUAGAGGGAUUUCCUAGGCCAUUGUUAGACUUGAGGGCAGAAUCAUUUGCAAAAGUUAUGGACAAGGCAUUUGGGCGAUCACUAUCUCCACCUUUCGACCCUUACGCCUCUGGAAUAAACUUCCUCAUCGCUUCUUACAUGAUCCCCUAUGUUGGUCUCACAGGAUAUAUUGGAACAAACCAAAGACUCAAAGGCUCUGCUUCCAAGCAGCUCGUUGCAGGGCUUCUGUCAGUGAAAUCUGGGCAAGAUGCAGUUAUCCGAGGAUUACUAUACGAGCGAGCAUUAGAGAAGGUGCAACCAUAUGGGAUAACUGUAGCAGAGUUCACAGAUCGCCUUUCAGAUCUAAGGAACAAACUAGGAGAUAGGGGUCUAAAAGAUGAAGGGCUUAUAGUUCCCAAGUACAAGGGUGCAGAAGGCAAGAUUAGAGGCAAUGUGCUUGCGGGAAACCAGGACUCGGUGGGAUUUGCAAGAUCACCUAGGGAGAUUUUGAGAAUUGUGUACGGCGGAGGUAAUGAACAUUCUGCUGGAGGUUUUUUCCCUCAUGGAGCUAAUGGUCGCAUUGCUAGAUCUUAUCUUCGUUAGAUUUCGUAAAAUUUUGCGACUAUAUCGAGACGUACAAUAAUCAUAAUGGGUACUGUUGAGUAUUCAUUGUUUGGACUUGAUGAUCUUCUUUA